AUGCUGCCCACCAGACCCCACCAGACCCCCCUAGACCCCAUCAGACCCCAUCAGAUUCCACCAGACCCCCCUAGACCCCCCCAGAUCCCAUCAGACCCCACCAGACCCCACCAGACUCCAUCAGAACCCCCUAAACCCCCCCAGAUCCCAUCAGACCCCACCAGACCCCAUCAGACCCCAUCAGACCCAACUAGACCCACCCAGACCCCACCAGACCCCCCUAGACCCCAUCAGAACCCACCAGACCCCAUGAGAACCCACCAAAUCCCAUCAGAUCCCCACCAGACCCAACUAGACCCACCCAGACCCCACCUAGACCCAUCAGACCCCACCUAG